UUCUUCAGGAAAUUUGGAGAACAUCAGUCGGCUGGGAUGACCAAAUCGAAGACGCACAGUUCGAGAAGUGGCUGACAUGGCUCGCGGUCUUUCCGAAGAUGGGACUGGUGGAAGUUCCACGAUGUUACCGGACAUUGACAACGGUAAGGGCUAAAGCAGAGAUGCACACGUUCGUGGAUGCAAGCGAGAACGGCUUUGCAGCGGUCGUAUAUCUAAGAUUCCAAGAACGGGAUGCUAUCGAAUGCUCAUUAGUAGGAGCAAAAACUAGAGUAGCACCCCUUAAAUUCUUGUCCAUCCCAAAGUCCGAACUUCAAGCAGCUCUACUCGGCGUUCGAUUAGCGGAUACAAUACUGGCCUCUCUUUCUAUCAAGAUCAGCAAGCGAUACUUUUGGACAGAUUCCAAAGAUGUAUUAUGCUGGUUGAGAUCCGACCAUCGCCGAUAUAGCCAGUUUGUAGCAUUCCGCGUCAGUGAAAUCUUGGAGUCGACCGACGUUAAUGAUUGGCGAUGGAUUCCGACGAAACUGAACGUCGCCGAUGAAGGAACAAAGUGGACCCGAGUUCCCGAUUUAUCAACGGCCAGUCGUUGGUUUCGUGGUCCAGAAUUGCUUCGACAAGACGGAGACGCCUGGCCCGAAAUCCCUAAUCUCGGAAAACCGACGACAACAGAGCUUCGUCCGCAUCUACUUCUUCAUGCACCAACGGUGGACCCGGUCGUUAAUCCGCAAAAAUGCUCCAAAUGGGUUCCACUCCUACGUCGCGUAGCAUUCAUAUUCAGAUAUAUCGGUAACUUGCAGCGAUCUUCGAGACGAGAACGAUGUUUUGCUGGACCGCUGACACAGGAAGAACUGACUAAAGCGGAAAACUAUUUGUACCGCCAAGCACAGUCAGAGAAUUACGCCGAUGAGAUCGCAACGUUGACUGAGAGUUACUUCUCGAAAGGAGAGCAAAAAAAGAUAAUCAGAAAUAACCUGCUCUUUCGCGGCGCCUUCCUGGACGAAAACGGUGUUGCUCGCGUCCGGGGUCGAACAAAGGCAUGUUUAUUCAUUGAUCGUGAUGCUGCUGAACCCAUUAUUCUUCCUCGGAAACACCACAUCACCCAACUGAUCAUCGCCGACACACACGAGCGCUUCAACCAUCAAAACCACGAGACAAUCGUCAACGAAGUCUUGCAGCGCUACCGUAUUCCUCGGCUGAAAGCAACGUAUCAUGCAAUCCGGAGAAACUGUCAACGAUGCAAAAAUGAUCGAGCGAAACCACAACCUCCAGCGAUGGCUGACCUUCCGCAGUCACGUUUGGCUGCAUUUAGCCGCCCGUUUACCUACAUGGGGGUGGAUUAUUUCGGUCCAAUACUGGUCCUGGUAGGACGACAUUCGGAAAAACGGUGGGGGGUUCUCGCCACCUGUCUAACUACUCGCGCCAUUCACUUGCAGAUAGCUUACACACUGACUACCGACUCUUGUAUUAUGGCAAUUCGAAAUGUCAUGGCUAGGAGGGGUGUCCCAGCAGUCAUCUACAGCGAUCGGGGAACUAAUUUCCAGUCUACAAGCAAGCUGCUCAAGGCAGCAAUCCAGCAGCUCGAUCACGACAGACUGGCAAGCGAGUUUACAUCAAGCCGCACUCAGUGGGCUUUCAACCCACCGGUUUCACCACAUAUGGGAGGAGCAUGGGAACGGUUGAUACGUAGUGUGAAGUCUAACUUGGCUAAGCUUCAGCCCAGUAGGCUACCCACCGACGAAGUGCUGCAAAAUGCCUUGAUCGAAGUCGAGAACGUCGUGAACUCAAGACCACUGACUAGCAUUCCCAUAGAUGACGAUGAAUCGCCCGUCCUAACACCUAACCAUUUCUUACUAGGAUCAGCAAACGGUUUGAGGUCGUGGGUUCCCUUCGACGACAGCCAUGUGUACAGAAAGAACUGUUGGAUCCAGUCACAGGUCAUGGCAGACAGGUUCUGGAAGCAAUGGGUCCACGACUAUCUGCCUACGAUCACACGAAGAACCAAGUGGUUCACUCCGUCGAAGCCUAUUACGGUCGGUGACGUCGUAAUAAUCGUUGACUCAAAGUUCGAACGAAACUGCUGGCCUAAAGGUAGAGUUAUUGCUACGCAACAGGCUCCCGACGGACAGGUACGGCGGGCCACCGUACAAACAGCAUCUGGUGGAAUCUACGAACGCCCUGCAGUAUCGUUAGCGGUACUCGACGUUGGCGUUAUAGCGAAUACGCUUCCAGAUGAUCCUUCGCGCAUUCUGGGGGGAGUGUUGACUACGCCCCGUCAACAACUACCGCUUCGUUACCCCCACUAAAUGUUGCGCCACUGCACGCCGCACCCGACCUGAUGAAAGGAUCGGGAGCAACCUGAAGGACGUAAAUAUAAACAAAUCGCCAUCGUAAAUCUACUCUAUACUAUAUUCUACUGCUAUAUAAAAAUCAAAAGUGAACUAAACUAUUGCCUAAAUUGAAUUUCUGCGUUAAAAUUAUAAAUCUACUACUAUUGCUAGUGCUAUUGUUCAAUCUACUUAGUGAAUAACCUAGUAAAUAGCAACAUAAGCUAGACGAAAACAGUGAAGUAGUGAUCAUAACCGCGUUCAUUUGACUAAAAGCUAUUAUUGGCAUAGGUCAGUGUAAGCAUUGAGGGUACGAUCGUUCGGAAUAGACAGUGUUGCCAGAGAAUUUUAGCCGAAGCUAGAUCGCUAAAAGAAUUUUAUAAUUGCAUUCUACCACGGAAUAAAUUGUUUUAUUUAGAUCCAGCUUCGUUGUCUCCGC